GAAGCUUUAUUAAGCAUGAGUGCAGAAACAGAUCUCAACAAACAGACUCAUGUGCAUCCAAUGGAUGUUCAGAUGGCAGUAUUUCACUGCUCAGACAGCUUUCUUAAACAGAUUAUGAUUACAAAGCUCUCUCAGUGUCAGUAUGCCUUACCUUUGCUUGUCCCUGACCCAGUCACAAUGGAGAUCGAGUGUCCUCUGUGGACUUUCAGACAAAUAACAAAAACCUGGAAGGUAACUGAAAUCAAAGACGGCUCAAACAUUGUCACUAUGAAGAGUGUUCCAGUCUGCAAAGCUCGGACACCCUUGGUGUCAUUUUUCCGCCUGGGUUCUCUGUCAGUGUCUAAAUCUCAGCUGAUCAACACUUUGAUCAACGACCGUCACAGCACCUUCUUCCACAGAAACUGUCCAGGAAGCACCAAGUCUCGCUAUCUGAUGGAUGGUGUGGCAGAGAUCGCCUGGUACUGUCCUGCUGGAAAACCCAAUGAUGCCUUCAAUGACUGCAUUUCCUUUUGUAAUCUUCAUGGUGAUGCUCUGUUGACUGAAAAACAGCGCGACAUACUAAUUGAAAAAUCUUCCAUUAAUAUUUUUCUUGUUUCAUCUCUGAAAAAACAUGAAGAAAGUCGAUCACUUAUAUCACCUCUUUUUAAGUCUCACAAACCUCUCAUUUGUCUCUCUGUUGAUGACAGCUGUUAUGUUGUUAAGACAAAACAUGGAAAAUAUAUUAUGGGUCUCAAAGACAGAAGCCAGUCAGAUAUAUCUGAAGAACUGAAACAGAUCAUUAGAGAAGUUUUGUCAUCUCUAGAUGAUUCCAGCGUAAAACCACCCUUCCAGCUUGAAACCAUUGCUGAGGUCUCUGGAAUCAAAGUGGAUGAAAGUGACCAAGCCUUUAAAGAAGGGAAAUCUGCUGCUAAGGAAAUAAUGGAUCUUCUUUCAAAGGAUAACAUGGAUAUCUCAAAUAUCAAAGAUAAAUUCCUUCCUUAUCAGGGCCAUCUGUGGCAUCAGUGGAUCAAAAUACACAAAGAACUGUAUUAUCUCAAAGGGGAUAUUGAGAAGGAGAAAUGUAACAAGCAACAGGAACUGGUGAACAUACGUCAGAAACAAUGUGCUGCUUCCGGCGAACUUAUGGAGUUGUUCAUUAAAAGUCUCUCACUAUUGUCACCAAAAGAUAAAGAAUAUUUUCUGAAAUGGAUUCAAAUCUUAGUGGACGAUCUCUCCACAGAUGAUCUUUCUGGUAUUCUCAAAAGCUAUGAUGAAAAGUGGUCUGAGAUCUUGGCUUUAAAAAACAAAUCUGAAGAAUCAGAAGUGUUGGCAGACAAGCAGAAAAAAUCUGACUUGUUAAUAAAAAAACAAAGUGAGCUUGAAAAAAUAUCCGAAAAACUGCAGUCUGCAACUUUUGGUUUGGAGCACAUCUUCAGAGAAAUGGGACAGAUCUAUGAAGCUCAUAGAGCAAUAGAAGGAGAGAGCAGACACACUGACUGGUCUAAAUACCCUGAGCUGGCUGCACAGCUGAUGAUAUAUGGACACCCGAUGGAGCUGAUGGAUGGUGAUGCAGGUCACAUGCCUUUAACAUGGAUCUCCAGUCUUUUAGAGGAAGUCAUCAAGAAGCUGGGGGACCAGAGAGUUUUUGUGUUGUCAGUUUUGGGCCUACAAAGCAGUGGAAAAUCAACAAUGCUGAACACCAUGUUUGGGCUGCAGUUUGCAGUGAGUGCAGGCAGGUGCACCAAAGGUGUCUUCAUGCAGCUGCUCAAAGUAUCAGAGGAGAUGAAGAAAGACUUGAAGUUUGACUAUCUUCUAGUGGUGGACACUGAAGGACUGCGCGCUCUUGAGCUGAAAGGUACCACCACUGGUUGCCAUGACAACAAACUGGCAACAUUUGUUGUUGGUCUGGGAAACCUGACACUGAUCAACAUUAUGGGAGAGAAUCCAUCUGAGAUGCAGGACAUCCUGCAGAUUGUUGUUCAGGCUUUCAUGAGGAUGAAGAAAGUUAAACUUUCUCCCAGUUGUGUGUUUGUUCACCAGAAUGUUACAGAUGUUGCAGCAGCAGAGAAAAACAUGGAUGGAAAGAGACGCCUGCUAGAAAAACUGGACCAGAUGGCCAAACUAGCAGCUGAAGAGGAGGAUUGCGAUGCAGACUGCUUCAGUGACAUCAUUAAGUUUGAUGUCCAAAAAGAUGUAAAAUACUGUGCCCAGUUGUGGGAGGGUAGUCCACCCAUGGCUCCUCCUAAUCCAGGUUACAGUGAGAGCAUCCAGGAAGUGAAGAACAUCAUCCUCUCUAAAGCUUCACAGUCUGCUGGGAUCACUCUCUCACAGUUCAAAAACAAAGUCCAGGACCUGUGGAGUGCCCUCCUCAAUGAAAACUUUGUUUUCAGUUUUAAAAACACACUUGAAAUUGCAGCAUACAGAAAACUGGAGUCCCAGUACGCAAACUGGACCUGGGCCCUGAGGAGCAAAAUGUUGACCAUUGAAAACCAACUUUAUAACAGAAUUGAAAACGGAAAUCUUGACAAGGUGGACGUAAAUUAUCUUAAAAAAGAAUCACAUGAAACACAUGAAAUAAUCAAAACGGAAAUGACAACAUACUUUGAGGAUGACCAAGAGAAAGAAAUCUUGGCUCAGUGGAGAGGCCGAUUUGAAACCAGAAUCAAAGAGUUUCAUGAUGAACAGGUGAGCACAGUAAAAAGAAAACUGGAUGAAGUUAUUCAACAGAAGAAGGCUUGAAGCACAUCUGCUGUUGUGCUUGGGAAACUGAUCUGGGAAAAGCUGAAAGCGUCCACUGUUGAGGCUGCCUGUAACAAGACUGCCAUUGGUCUGGCUGGAGAGAUGAGGUCUAAUUUCCCAGCAUUCAAUGGGAACAGGCUGAACCUGGAGAAACAUGUGCUGAAGUCACUCGCUGAGAAUGAAAACUUUGAUGAUUUCAUCACCUACAUCAGAAAUCCAAGAAGACAAACAGAAGCUUUUAUAAAAGCAGAAGUAAAGAAAUACAUCUUCAGAGAUCACAAAGAUAAAACUGUGAAUAAACUCAAGAACAAUGCUGAAGGCUUAAACACACUUGUGACUAAUGCUUUAUCUACUGCAACACAGAAAGUCCAAACUGAAAGAGGAGACAUAAACAUGUGGCUGAAGAAAUUUUCUAGUUUGCUAAAAGGUGAGCUAACGUUUGAGACCAUUUCUUCUGAAAAUUUCAGUGACAUACAUGAUUUUGAGUUUCUGAAGGAAGAGGUAACAAACAGAUUUACAUCCAUCAAUCAUAAGAUGAGCAGCCUCUCAUUGGAUAAGCUGAAAGAAUCCAGGCUGAAGCCUGAUGAAAUCCUCAUUGAUCAGCUGUGUAACUGCUGCUGGGUAACGUGUCCAUUCUGUGCAGCUGUUUGUACUAACACCAUUGAAGAUCACAGUCCUAAUGACCACAACGUCCCUUUUCAUCGACCUAAAGGAAUUAAAGGAUGGCACAAAAGUGGCACAGUGGAAUUCAGCAUCAGUUUCUGCACAACAAGUGUUGCAAGUGAUGGCAGAUUUAGACCUCAUGAUUCAGAGGAAUACUUUCCCUAUAAAGAGUACAGAAGAGCUGGUCCAAGGUAUGCUAACUGGGAAAUCACAGCUGAUCAGUCUGAACUGGCGUACUGGGAAUGGUUUGUGUGUCGAUUUCAAAAUGAGCUGGAAGGGUACUAUAAGUACAAAUUCCAAGGAAGAGGAGAUAUUCCCAGGGAGUGGGGAAAAAUCCCUAAGGAAGAAGCUAUUAGAAGUCUGGGUAAAAUGUGUUAA